UCAGACCGUGCGCGAUAGCUGCGAAUAAGUCACGCAAACACGUGCUAUUGACGUUCUGAAACUAACGCGUUCUUUAUUCAAAAUUUAUAUUUUUUAUAUUGUAAUCUUAAAGUGACCAGUGACAUCAAAAAAUUGUUAUCACUCGAUACUCUCACAUAAAUUUUUAAUCGACUGUUGCAUCAUCGUAAAAACAAAGUAUCAAAUAUUACUAAUAAUUACGAUAUGAGAUUAAAUUAAAAUACAUAUUUUUUUAUGUUGACCAAAAAUAUUUUUGUUAUCCCAAUUGUUAUAACUUAAAUAAGCAACAUCGUAAAAGAUAACUGUAUAAAUGAAGUUAUCGAUAAGAAAUACUAUUUAUUGUUUUGAAAGAUAUUUCCGCUAAAAGUCAUUGAUAAAAUGCAUCUUGGAUUGAGAGUUGAAUAUAUUAUACUUAUUAUUUUACAAUGUACUUUUUUGGGGGUUUCUGUAAAAGCAGAGAUGGUGUCUGAACUACCCGCAUCAUACCCUCAACUAGUAGAUUUAGCGGAAACUGUAUGUAAGGACAUAUUUUUUGAUGCGCAGCCGAACUGUGAGGAAAACUUUUUAAGUCAUCACUACGAAACACAAAAGGAUCCGCCAUCAGUUGAAAUAAAAUGCCGCUCAGAAAACACUAUUACGUUCACGGUUCCACUGUCAAAGGAAAUGCAGAUAGUGGUUAUUAUUGAAGAUAACUCGCCGAAUACGAUACUAAACUUUGCCGCAAUAAAACCUGGCAAAGAAAGAGGGGAAAUAAACACGCCAUCGGGAAAUCAUACCUUGUGGACGGCAAUUAUCAACAGAGAUGGAAGUCCCUCCUUUUGGAAAAAGGACCAAUACAUGAUAUCAUGGAAUUCACUACCCCCUUUGGAAAAGAAGACAUAUAUCGCAACUCCCACUUUUCAUUUUGAUAAGUAUAAACCAGGCUCGAGUGAUAUUAAUGCAGAAUUGACCUGGAAUACUACAGAUCCGACAGAUAUGUGCUUUGAAGUAUUUAACCGCUGCGAAUCUAAGCAGCUAGGAAACGCAUUCAAGAAAAGUAUACGGCCAAAUCAACGUCAUUUGGUGGUGCUGAAAGACUUACCUCUAGAUGACACUUGUACUAUCACAAUCCUGGGAAAGUAUGGCAGAACGGAUUUUGAUUAUGAAACACCUUCUUGUCAUGACAUUCCCGAUUGCCUGCCUAUUCCAGAUAAAAUACAAAAUAUAAGUGUGACGGUGGAAGAGGAGAGCUCUGAAUCUUGGAGCGUUCACGUAAAAUGGUUGAAGCCGGUACACACGCCCAAUUAUUAUACAGUGACAUUGAGAGCCGAUGAUUAUCAUGAGAAAAAUGUUUCAGGGUCGGCAUCCGAAGUGACGUUCCCGGGCGUGCACGGCGAGGGCGUGUACUACGUGUCCGUGGUCGCGUUCACGGAGAGCGGCAAGUCCGGGAACAGAGUACGGGAAUUCUUCCCGCUUCACGAAGAGCCCGCUUCAGUGAGCUUGCUGGUGGGAGCGUGGGCCGCUGUUGUCGUCAUGUCUAUAGCAUUUAUUGUUGCUUUCGUGUGGUGGAAACGGUACAGGGACAUCAAGAAGAGGAAUAUGUACUUCCCGGGCCUCACGGAAAAGACGAAAGACGGUGACGCGGAAUCGGACUCGGUAUCGGAGGACGGGUGGGAGGUGCGCGCGGACCGCGUGUCGCUGCACGAGCUGGUCGGCGAGGGCGCGUUCGGCGUCGUGCGCCGCGCCACGCUCGCGCCCGAGAACAGGGACGUGGCUGUCAAGAUGCUUAAAGAUUUCCCGUCAAUAGAAGAAAUUCGUUCUUUUCGCGCUGAAAUGGAACUGAUGAAGAGCGUGGGAAGUCACCCACACAUCGUGAGUCUGGUGGGAUGCUGCAGAGGCAGGAAACCGUUCAUCAUUGCGGAGUACUGCAGUAGGGGAGAUUUGCUUACUUACCUCAGAUGUUCUUGGGACUUAAUGGUUACAAAACGCAACGCAAAAUACUACAACAAUAACAAAGAAUUUGACUAUAGGGACGAUAUGAAGUGCAAGCGAGAUUCUAGACUCGUGAUUAAUAGAUUGUACGAUCUUCAAGGAGUUUGUGACACAGAGCUUACUGUACUCGACCUUCUAUCCUUUUGCCGACAAAUUGCUAUGGGCAUGGAAUUUUUAUCGUCCAAUAGAGUUGUCCAUAGAGAUUUAGCAGCAAGAAAUAUAUUGGUGACUGCGGAUAGAACGCUGAAGAUCGCCGAUUUUGGACUCUCUAGAGAUAUUUACCAAGAAAAUCAAUACAAGCAGAAGGGUAAUGGAAAGAUGCCCGUGAAAUGGAUGGCGCUGGAAUCCUUGACGCACAGGAUAUACACAACGCAAAGUGACGUGUGGUCGUUCGGCGUGGUGAUGUGGGAGGUGGUGACGGUGGGCGGCGCGCCCUACGCGUCAGUGAGCGCCGCCCGCCUGCCGCGCCUGCUGCGCGCCGGCUACCGCAUGCCGCGCCCGCCCAACUGCUCACCGCCACUAUACGAGGUGAUGGUGUCGUGCUGGCACGCGCGGCCCCGCUCGCGGCCCACGUUCGGCGAGCUGCACGCGCGGCUGGACGAGCUGCUGUGUGCGGGCGCGCGCCACUACCUGGAGCUGGCGCGGCCCGACGACGCGCCCGCCGCACCGCCCGCACCGCCCGCACCGCAGCGGUACGUGCGCAUGAUUGUGAGAGGAAAAUGGCCGUGGUCGAAGCGAGGCUACCACAGAUCGAACACGGCUAACAAUUAUUCGCCUGCAGAUUACAAGCUGUCUUACUCUCUACAAACUGACUAAAACACGGAUAUAAAAAUAUUUCAUUGAAAUCUACCUCUUAACUAUUUCUUCAAUUUAUAACAGCAUACUUAUCAACUUAUGGGACAAUUUGAUUGUUUAUCUUUUAGUUUAGUUCAAUAGUAUGGAAUUUAUACUUAGAGUGAUAUAGUUAUGAAUUCUAUGUAUAAAUCUAUACGUACUAAUAUUAUAAAGCUGAAGAGUUUGUUUGUUUGUUCGAACGCGCUAAUCUCAGGAACUCCGAUUUGAGAAAUUCUUUCGGUGUUAGAUACCUAACUCAUUUGUGAAGGCCUAAGAAAGAAAAUUGGUAAAUAAUAUGUACUUUUUUUUAAAUAACGAAUAACGAAUUGCGAUGAACUUAUUUAAGUUUGUAAUAAUUAUUAAUAUAUUUAAUAGUAACUAUAACUAUGUAUUUUUUAGAGUGCCCCUUAAUAUCUUCCCACUCUGUGUCUAUAUUAAGAGCUAGGGGGCAGCACUGUAUAAAAUAUUUGUAAAGUAUUGAAAUGAAUGUUCCUAUGAUCUCACUAAAUAAGUUAAUUUUAAGGUUGUAGGUACUCGACAUCUAGAUAAUAAGUCGUUCAUAACGUCUACAUGUUUUCAUGUAGGCUUUUGCCUUAAUAAAUUAAAUAUUUGAAAAUACGUCGAAAAUUCAAUUAACGAAUUAUGACCAGAAAAUGAUGGUGCUAAUUUUAAUUUAACAUAAUUGUAUUUUUAUAAUAAUUAUUUACUUUCUGUACGAUAUUUUUAAUAAAUAAUUGUAACUGAA